GCAGGUGGUUCUUGAUCAUGUGAUGUCAUUUGCCCCGGCUCUCUCUGUAAGCCACAGCGCCUGAACAGAGUGCUAGGGCUCACCGCUGUCUCCCCCGUCGAAGGCUGCCGACUCUCUCCUGACCUGUAAAAAGGCCUCAGUAUGUCUUACGGUUCCAUCGAUGGGGGCGCCUUUGGCAGUCGGAACCCAUUCGGGGGCCCCGCCAGACAGGGCUACCAGCCAGUGGCAACGCAGAUGAGCCCAUCGGAGCUCCAGGAUGUCUUUCAGGAGACCUCCUCCAACAUCUUUCAGAUCAAUGCUAAUGUGGUGUCCCUGGAGAAGAGUCUCCAGUCCUUAGGAACGUCCAGAGAUACUGCAGAACUACGACAGAGUCUACACUCCACCCAGCAGCUGACCAACAGAGUUAUAACCAGCACCAGCCAGCUCAUCAAACAGCUCUCUGACAUUGUCAGUGGUUCCUCACGGCAAGAUCGCCUUCGUCUGACAAGACUGAAGACAGAGCUGUCAGACUCUGUCCAGCGUUAUGGAGACCUGCAAAAGAAAAUCGCAGACAGAUCCAGGGCCUUGCUUCCCCCGGCACAAAAAGAUCGAAAGCAGAGCCCUCAGACACCCUUUGCGGAGCUGUGUGAUGAGGAGCCGGUAUUUGGCGGAGCAGAGAGCGUGGAGGGGGGAGGUCAGGCAUUCCUGGCGGAAAUCAGCGAGGAAGACGUGGAGGCCCUCAGGCAGAGAGAGGAGGCACUCCUGCAGAUCGAGAGGGACAUGCUGGACGUGAGCCAGAUAAUGAAGGACCUGGCGUCCAUGGUGCACGAGCAGGGCGAUGCCAUAGACAGCAUUGAAGACUAUAUCCAGACAACAUCCUCAAAUGUGGAAACAGCCAACCAGGAGCUUGCAAAGGCCAGUCAUCACCAGAGACAACUCAGAAAGCGGAAGUGCUAUUUACUCAUAGCAGGAGCAGUGGUCUUGACCUUCCUCAUCAUCAUCAUCGCUGUCUCUGCAAGAAAAUGAGACCUCUGUCCAGGUGCUUACCUCAGGCCUACCUGGACCUCCCUCCACUGCACUCUUUGGCCGAUGGACUGUCCGAGGCUAUGACCUGUGCUGUAUGUGUAUGUUUGUGUUUGUUUGUUUAAUGUCAGGGUCCAAUCACUAUAAUUUAAGUGAAGCCUGUCCAUUCACAUCUGAGUUAACUGACCACAACAGCCCAGAAAAUGAGGCUAGUGAUUAUUCCAUUACACAAUUAUUCUGCAUUCAACCACUGAUGGAUUCUAUGUAUCAGUUUUUAAAUCCUUGUUCAUUUUUUGCCAAUUAGUUUGCCAAUUACUUGCCAAUAUUCCUGUUCUUAUUUAACAGAUAUUGCAUUAACAUACAUUUUCCUUCAUGAAAGAAUGAGAGAAUGCAGACUUGUGCUAUGAGUCAUUAUUUAAGCAGAAGGAUCUGACGUUUUAUACCGUGCUUUGGUAAUUUGAAUAGGAUAUCUUGGGUUAUCAAUCCCUUUUGUCCAAAGGACAGAAACGGUGAUUUUAAUUAAUCCGUUCCUUUGUUCAGUAAAUGCUGUAAUGUCCAUGAUGGAUAAUGUCUUGUUUGCAGUUAAUGAACUAAUUUUGCUUUCAGCUGCUGUGUUUUCAAAUGGAACUGAGGAUUGCUUGUAAAAAUGGCUUUGUAAAUUCAGGGUCAACAGUCAUUGACUCAUUCAGAUGUUUUCAGGAUUGUCAAAUAUUUAGUUGUACUGGAUCUACGUAUAAAAUAAAAGUGACACAGAUGUGUAUCAUUUGUAAACGUAUAUUACUACAUCAAAAAAGAUAUUCUCACAAUUAUGAUUAGCCAUCUUAUUCACAUUGCUUCUUUUUUCUGUUACACAGCUGUUACAUUGUUUUAUGAUUCUGCAAAUGAAAUCAGUUAUUUCAUCAUUAAUUUAUAAUAAAUAUCUCUUUGUGUAUGAAUACUGUUUAAAAGAAUUAUAAUUAAAAACUUGUGAGCAGAGAAGCCCUGUGUGUGACAGCUAUCUUUUGAUGACAGAAGUUAUAAUUCAGCGUGUGUGUCUGGCUUAUUUGUGCCUAGCCAUAAAACUCAGACAAGAGCUACUUUAUCUUUGCAAGGGUGUAAAGUGUGAUUUUAGGAUGGUGAACUGAAAAGACAAUGGGCUCUGUUUUCUAGAAUCGAUGACGUAGGGUGCAUGGGUACAGUCAAGAGCGUGGCGCGUGGGUGCACUGGGCGUGGCUACUGAAUGUUGGUAUUUUCAUGACUAGAGUUGAGCAGCACACAGCUCAAAGUGUGUGGUACAUGUGGAAAAAGGAGAUAGUUAGCUAGAGCAGACAUCAAUGAAUUUCAGUUAUGAGUUUGUUACCGCAUCGAUAACCAGCUAGAUACAGUAUAUGAGCGAGAAUAUAUGUGCCAAGUUUAUGCCAACUUUGUACAAGUGGUACAUAUGUGCAUAGUUAAUGUUUCUGGUAUAACAGGGAAAGCAUCCGAUCGUCUCAAUACUUUCCUCCUGUAUCACCAAGUAAUCACUAAUUAUCUGAAUGUUAAUAGAGUGGACCCCCUUUCGAUUCACAUUGAUGAGUGGUUGGGUAGAAGGAGCAUACAACUGCACGUCUGCAAUUGAUGGCUCCCAAAACCCUGGGAAAUUCACAUUUUCGCAGACAUUCUUGUUUAGGUUUGAGCUGGUGGUCAGGUGAUGAAGGAAAAGCAAUGUACUCUCUUGCAUGUUGUACUAGACUAGUACAAACUGCAUGAACAGCCCAACUGACAGAUUGCGUUGCCCUCGAUGUUAGCUGCAAUUAUCCUGUAGCAAACUGUCAGGUUUCGGGGUAGGACUCAGAAGCAGACCAAAAAUCCGAGAAAUACUUGGCAAUUUAUUAUCACAAACAGGGUAACAGAAACAGCAACAGUCUCGUAAUCACUAUACAGGCGUCGGUCGAAAAUCCAAAAAUCCAAAAUCCAAUCAGGCAAAGGUACAAAACAGGAGCAGUGACCAGGUCAAGGGAACAGGCAAGAGUCGAAAACCAGAAGCAAGAACAACAGAGCAGGCAGGCUAAAUUCGUAGUCGGAUUAACGGGCAAAAAUUUGAAAACCAGGAAAUUCAGUUACACAGAGUAGAAAGCUCGAACAGCACUGAAAAAAACAGAGGCACGAUCUGGCACAGGCUAAUGGGGCUAACAGAAAUAUAUAGCUAAGGAAACUGAGUGGAAGAUGAGUAGCAGGUGGAGACGGCGGCAGAGGCUUGAUUGCAUGAUGCGGUGAGGCUUGAUUGAAUAAUACGGCUGAGGCAGACAGGCAGGACUGGGGGCGGAGCGUGGGCGGGAACCAGGAACCUGAAAACCAAGGCACACCCCAUACGUUCACACACA